GUCAUUUGAUGACACUCAGACGAAGACGCCGGAGGAGUUCGCGGAUUCCUAACUAGUUCUGGUCGCUGGAGGAGGUAAAAAAAAAAUAUAUGUUUUCAGUGAGAAAAUUGCUUGUUCUAGCUUCUGACGAAUAGACGCCGACCGUCCUCACAAAAAGUUUUGGAUUGCAUAUCCGUCGAAGUAAUUACCGAAAACUAUCAAGGUUACAAAUUCUCAUCUUGUAAAGAAUUUUGACAUUAGCGUCGACGAACAAAGAAAAAGAAACAGCCAGUAAAAUUGAGGAUAAUCUAUCAAAGCAGCCACUCGGUUCAUCAGACUUCCACUCAUCUGAAUCCUCUGCUCAUCGGCCACAUCGGGAAGAGAUCCUCUUCUAUGCAACGUUUCUAGAACUGACGCAGUCCUCAGGAUAAGUUUCUUGAUUUGAACAAGGUAUAGUAGUACAGGGGAUAACAAUGAUAAUCAGAAGUACAGUGACAGGAAUCUAUGUGGUCCUCGUGGGAUUUUCAAUUAGCGUGACGGCACAGGGGAUAUAUCCCCCCUUGGUCCCUUAUCCUAAUUUGCACGCAGUUCCUCUCUCUGCUUAUUUGACUCCGCAGUUUGAUGGAUAUCAAGGCAUGCCAUUUCCCUACGCAGAACAAGAUUUUCCGUGGUAUGCUGAUGCUUAUGGGAGAUUUCCACCCCUAGCUGGGGUGAAUCCACUGCCUUUCAUGACGAACUCACGUGAAUUAAUGCUUUCUGGCAUGAUACUGCCGCCAUAUUUCCUCGAGUCUCUACUAAAUCGACAGGCAGAUGUCCUUUCACCAUGGCAUCAUAUAGGGUUUCCCUACUUCAGACCCCGUAAGGUCGUUCAAAACCCCCAAAUGAUUUACACAAAUGGACCUACUGGCAAUCCCACAAAGGAUCAGUUCCAACAAACUACUGGCAAUCCUGUAGACGAUCAACCUCAACAACCUACUGGUAAUUAUGCAGAAAAUCAACCUCAACAACCUUCUGUCAAUCCUACAAAAGAUCAGUCCCAACAACCUACUGGCAAUCCUACAGAAGAUCAGUCCCAACAACCUACUGGCAAUCCUACAGAAGAUCAGUCCCAACAACCUACUGACAAUACUACAGAAGAUCAGUCCCAACAACCUACUGGCAAUCCUACAGAAGAUCAGUCCCAACAACCUACUGGCAAUCCUACAGAAGAUCAGUCCCAACAACCUACUGGCAAUCCUACAGAAGAUCAGUCCCAACAACCUACUGGCAAUCCUACAGAAGAUCAGUUCCAACAGCCUACUGGCAAUCCUACAGAAGAUCAGUUCCAACAACCUACUGGCAAUCCUACAGAAGAUCAGUCCCAACAACCUACUGGCAAUCCUACAGAAGAUCAGUCCCAACAACCUACUGGCAAUCCUACAGAAGAUCAGUCCCAACAACCUACUGGCAAUCCUUCAGAAGAUCAGUCCCAAAAACCUACUGGCAAUCCUACAGAAGAUCAGUUCCAACAACCUACUGGCAAUCCUACAGAAGAUCAGUUCCAACAACCUACUGGCAAUCCUACAGAAGAUCAGUCCCAACAACCUACUGGCAAUCCUACAGAAGAUCAGUUCCAACAGCCUACUGGCAAUCCUACAGAAGAUCAGUUCCAACAACCUACUGGCAAUCCUACAGAAGAUCAGUCCCAACAACCUACUGGCAAUCCUACAGAAGAUCAGUCCCAACAACCUACUGGCAAUCCUACAGAAGAUCAGUCCCAACAACCUACUGGCAAUCCUACAGAAGAUCAGUUCCAACAGCCUACUGGCAAUCCGUACAAGAAGUUCAGUCCCUGGCCAAGUCCUAACCCAGAAGAUCAAUUCCCAACAACCAACUGGCAAUCCUACAGGAAGAUCAAGUCCGCAAAACCUACUGGCAACCACAGAAGAUCAAAGAUCCAAGUCCCCCACCUACUGGCAAUCCUACAGAAGAUCAAUCCCAACAACCCAACUGGCCCAAUCCUACAGAAGAUCAAGUCCCACACCAACUGCCCAAAUCCUAACCAGAAGAUCAAAUCCAACCCAACUGGCAAUCCUAACCAGAAGAUCAGGUCCCAACAAACCAACUGGCAAUCCUACAGAAAGAUCAAAUCCCAACAAGCCAACUGGCAAUCCUACAGAAGAUCAAGUCCCAACAACCAACUGGCAAUCCACAGGAAGAUCAACUCCAACAACAACUGGGCAAUCCCUACAGAAGAUCAGUCCCAACAACCCAAACUGGCAAUCCUACAGAAGAUCAAUCCCCAACAACCCACUGGCAAUCCUUACAGAAAGAUUCAGUUCCCAACAAACCAAACUGGGCAAUGCCUACAGAAGACUCAAUUCCCAACAACCAAACUGGCCAAUGCCUCAGAAAAGAUCAAGCUUCCCAAAAACCUCAAAUUGGGCCAAAUCCUUUCAGAAGAUCAAUUUCCCAACAAAACCAACUGGCCCAAUCCUAACCAGAGAUCAGUCCAAAACAACCCAACUGGCAAUUCCCUUACAAGAAGAUCAAAUCCCAACAACCAACUGCAAUCCUACAGAAGAUCCCAAUCCCAAACCAAUCCUACUGGCAAUCCUUCAGAAGCAUCCAGUCCCAACAACCUGAACUGCAAUAAUACAGAAGAUCAGUCCCAACAACCUACUGGCAAUUUUACAGAUCAGUCCCAACAACCUACUGGCAAUCCUUCAGAAGAUCAGUCCCAACCCCCCACUAGCAAUAUUACAGAAGAUCAGUCCCAACAAACUACAACCAAUCAACCUAACAGUGAACCAGAAGAAGAUACUUCACUCUCCACAACACCACAACUGACGGACAACACCGGAGAAGACUCAGUUUCACCAGAUGAAGGUGAUGCGACAAUGAGUUUCGUUUCAGCCAUUGAAGAAGUUAGCGAUAUAGCAACUAAGACAAACUCCUCCCCACUUGCGAUGGAAGAUGUUAUUUCGCCUAACUCUGAAGCUGAGCCUUUCACAGAUGUUUCAUCACCAUCAGAUAUCCUCGCUCUAUCUCACAACAUUUCCUCUAUAAUCGACGAUUUAUUCAAAAUGCACCAAGGAAGACCUCCUUUUGUUAAUAUCGCUCUAAGCGGAGCAGCCUCUGUGUCAAGUGACAGUACUAAUGGUGUCAUAAGUGGUUCUGGAAAUUGGACAAUUUCCUUUUCACGGUCACAGAAGGAUAUCUCAUCUCAUUUUGUGUCGAUUGUAUCUCCUAUAGCUCUGCCACAAAGUGGCGUGCCUGACACUCACGGUAUUUUGAUCUUAUCGAAGGAAUUAGAGCCAAACGUCACAAACAUCCUCAUAGAACCAAACUCGGUGUCUGAGACUAGUCAUCAGAGUACUGGCAACACAGUCACUGAGUCUGAGGACUUCUCCUCUAAUGUCACCGAGGGCCUGUGA